AAUAUUAUGAUGAAACAAUAUGCAACAAUUUAAAAUAACAAGAAUUAUAUAAUUAUUAAUUGUCAUUUAAAUCACAUUAAAUUAUAUUGAGUUUAAAUUCAAACUUUGAUGCGAAGAAGCAACAAGACAUCAGCUUUGUAUUUUAUUUCAAGGAAAUGUCUAUCUUAACACAAAUGAUUUGUAUACUUGACGUACGUCACUGUAUAUGCGUAUGCGUGCAUGUUUAAUUCACACACGAAGCACGUUUAACUCACACAUAUCUCUGGAGAAUCUCAACAAAACGGAACGAGCGCGCUCGAGGCGCAAUUUAUCUGUCAACGCGGUCUCUCGCGGGACAAGCGCGAAUCGCCGGUUGCGCCUGUCCGUCAAAAACUUUUAUUCUCAAUAGACCCAACAUGUCCCGUUCCAACCGCAAUCCGACAAAAAAUUCCCCGAAACAUCAAGUCUGACAGCGCUCGAGGCGGUAAAAGAUCGCUCGUGUCAGCCGAAAUGUCCUGGAAGUCACAUACUAAUUGCGACGCAGCCAUCAUGAGAGUGAUCAAGAACGAUCUGUUGAGAUGGUCCCGUGAGAGACGCGCUACCGGCUCCCCUCUCGACAAGCAUCUUCUACGUGGCAAGGCCCUCGAAUUGGCCGGCGAACAUGGAUUAGCCGGCACGUUUUCUUAGAAUUCUCAUGUUGCUUGAGGGGUUCGAGCCAUGAUUAACGGAGUUAAUCUGUUGGUCUACAAGGGCUAUUUCUGUUUCGCGAUAAUCGAAGGGCUAACAGACUGCUGCCCGCAGUGGCAGUAUUGAAUGUUCCAUUUAGCUCACUUAGAGGAGGAACGAUAUCUUUUUCCCUUGGAUACUCUCGUUUUGUUCCCCUCUUGGAUAAAUAACAUUUGUCCUCUAAUUUGUUACGGAAUUAACUCCGUUGUGGGUAUUUUGGAUGUUUCAAAUACCUCGUAUGGAGCAACAUUCGAAUAUAAUAAAAAGCUUGUGUCAAUGUGCCAUAUCACAUUUUAUAAGUUUUCCGUUCUCGCCUUUUGUGAUUAGACUUCAAAUGUUCCAAGCAAUGGCUGACAUCUUUCCUGAAGAAAUAUGGCUUCUCGCUAAACCCGGAAGAAUCUACCGGACCGAUCUUCAACAAUUACCGGCUCUGGAUCGACAUGACGCGAUCCGUUAUCGCUCAGUACGCGCAUAAAGACGUCUUUCACGUGGACGAGUUGACGAUGUACUCGGACAUUUCGCCUACCUACGGGAUAUCGGAGUCGACAGCACGACAGGACGAGCAGUCCGAUACGAGUCUGAAGAAGAUGACAGUACUGUUGUGCUGCAACGUCUCCGGCACCGAGAAGCUGCCAUUAUUGAUCUGCGGCUCUUAUCUCGCCGGGAUUAUGGGCAAGGAUCACAUGUAUAGUCACAGUGAGGACGCUUCGAUAAACGAUGGUCUCUUCGGGGAGUGGUUGACCCAAUUGAACCACCGUAUGAUGAGUAACGAUCGCAGAAUCCUACUGCUGCUACACGGAAACCGCAUCGGCGCUUUUCGAGAUCUCGAACUAAGCAACAUUAGGCACGUCUUCUUCCCCGACGAUCUCUCUAUCUCGCCGUUGCUGAGGCCUCUGGAAAGAGACGUCUUCCAUUUCGUCAAAAUGGCCUACAGAAACAAGUAUGUGGAAGGAAUCAGAGGCAGGAGACGAUGGAACGUUGAUAACGUAAUGAGAAGCUUGGUGGAAGCGUGGCAGGAAGUCACGCGCGAUCUCAUUAUUGCCAGUUUUCAGCGAACGGGUUUUCGAAUCGAUGAUUGCUUCUCGAAGAUGCGCUGUGAUACAUGGGAGAAUCUAGAGACGGGAAUAUCUUUUAGGAAGUUCGUCACGUUUGACGAUCAUUUCAUGACGGAUGUGUCGCAUAGAGAGCGCGAAUCUACCGGCAGAAGUCACAGCAAUAAUCCUAGAACCAGAGAAACAGUCAGAUUCAAUGAUUGGUUCAAUUCCACGACCACUUCUGAAGAAAGUGACCCGAUCGUUGCUCCCGCGCGGGCGAAUGGAAAUUUAAACGAGAUCCGUGUGGAAAAGGACGUCGAUUGGAAGAGAAAGAACCCGCUGAAGAGAUCGCAUGACAAGGCUCAAUUAGACAGAGACCUUUAUGAAGGGGCUGAGCCGGGCGAUGAAUCAACGUCGAAGAGAAAUGAAGUCAUCGCCGUUGUUCCAGCGUCGCCGAGGCCUCCGAAGGUCAUCGACGUCCAGACGAUCGAAAGUAUAGCUGGGAGCUCUAAAUCCGAUAGCGUCCACUCGACGACGCGAGCGAGCGUGAACGAAUCGGGAACAGAUACGGAAUACGAUUGUAAAACUGAUAAAACGGCCCGCAACGAGGAGAGCCGUAAAAAUAGUCGAGUAUUGAGCAACGAGCCAUCGAUUGGAUCUCCGGAUGUCGACGACGCGAACGGCGGCGAUAUCGCGUUGCAACAAGUGUUUGACAAUACGUCUGCCGUCUAUUCGAACACAAAGGAACCGGGCACGAAGGUAGUUUCCUGCGACAGCCCGAGAGGCGAGAUCGAGCCGGCCAAUCUGGCCGAUGGAAAGGUCGAGUGUUUUUCGCGGAAGUCGCUGAAAAGGCGUUGCGUCAACGCCGAGGCAACUUGGAACAGUUCCAAUGACGAUGAACCGGAACGGAAGAGAUUGAGAUCCGAUUCCGAUUGGACGAAGCAGUACGAGGCGACAUUCGUCUUCGGCUCGUUUGACUUAGCGCGGACUGUAACUACUGUUUCCGCCAACGCACUCAGUGAUAAUGGCGUACCGCAACCGAGACCGAGGCGCUCAUGCGAGAAGAAUAGGAGUAUCUUCACCAUAUGUCCCAGGAGGAAUUGGAGACAACUUUAACAGCAGCUUACAGUGAAUUGAAGUAUUUAUAAAGAUUUAUUCUAAAAACGUAGCAAGAUAGGGAGGGUUGUCAAAUGCGUACCACUUAAACUAUUUUUUUAUUAUAUUUCGCAUUUGCUACUGUUUUGGAUGCAAAUCAAAAUUCGAAAUAUUAUAGUUUGAUGUUUUAGUUAUCUAUUAUUACAUGUUAAACCUUUCAGUAAUAGCGAAUUAAUUUAUUACAAGCCUUUCUGUAACAUAUCGCGAAAAGUGUCAUUUAGAAAACCGGAUAUCUUAAAACGUAUAGUUUCUUAAAUCAUAUCGUCUUCGAAAAUGUCGUAUUUAUGAAUUAAAACAAUUAAAAAUAUAAAGAACCAUUAACUAAUAUUUAUUUUAUUAAUAA